AUGGAGAACAAAGGGAAGAACAUCGAACAAGCUCAAGAAAGUUGUUAUCAACAGUGGAUGAGUUUACAAUCCCAACGCGUCCCUGAGCUUAAACAAGCCUUAGCUCAACGGCGCACUCACGAAGGCACCGCCGACGCUGCCGCCGAUGAUAACAAGCUCCGUGAAUUAACACAAAACAUCAUUGGAGAUUUCAAAAAUUACGCUGGAAAAAGAGCUGAUUUAUCUCACCGAUGUAGCUCGAACUAUUAUGCGCCGUCGUGGAACACUCCUUUAGAGAACGCUCUUCUUUGGAUGGGUGGUUGUAGACCUUCUUCUUUCUUUAGGCUCGUUUAUGCUUUGUGUGGGUCCCAAACCGAGAUUCGUGUUACUCAGUUUCUCCGUAACAUCGACGGCUACGAUUAUUCAGGUAGUGGCGGCGCAUCACUCAGCGAUCUAACGGCGGAGCAACUAGCAAAGAUCAACGUGUUGCAUGUAAAAAUCAUAGACGAAGAAGAGAAGAUGACAAAGAAAGUUUCGAGCCUGCAAGAAGACGCGGCGGAUAUCCCCAUCUCCACCGUGGCUUACGCAGAGGAGCACGUGGGAGAGCCUAACGCAAUGGUGGAUCAAGCUCUCGACAAGCAGGAAGAAGCUAUGGCCACUUUAUUGGCCGAGGCCGAUAAUCUGAGGGUAGAUACUUUGACCAAGAUCAUAGAGAUUCUUACGCUAGUGCAAGCGGGGGAUUUUUUUAUGGCCGGAAAAAAGCUUCAUCUUUCAAUGCAUCAGUGGGGAGCGUUAAGAGAUCGGCGCCGUCGUGAAUGCAUAAUUGACGCUGGAAACGAUGCCGGAGGAGAGGAGGAGAAGUAG